AUGGCUGCUAGAACACCAUCCAUCCGGGCAUUAUCGCGCUAUCUGCUUCGCCCGCAAGCACCACUCCGGCCCCGCUGUCAACACCACCUUCAACGCAAACAAUACUCCUCGGCAGCACCCGGCGCACGCCUCAAUGGCACAGUAGAGUACGAUGCGACACCCAUUCUCCACCACACCGCCAAAUCCUCUCUCGCGAACCCCGAGUUCCCUGCAGACAUACAAAAGGGUCAGACAAAACGCAUAAACCUUUACACCGCCGUCAACGAGGCACUACGAUAUGCUUUGCAAACAGAUGAACGCGUCAUGGUGUUUGGUGAAGAUGUGCAGUUUGGUGGUGUCUUCCGGUGCACCAUGAACCUGGCUGGGGACUUUGGCACCGAACGCGUCUUCAACACUCCCUUGAGCGAGCAGGGCCUGGUGGGAUUUGCUAUCGGAGCCGCUGCAGAGGGCAUGAAGCCAGUAGCAGAAGUCCAAUUUGCAGAUUACGUCUUCCCUGCCUUCGACCAAAUACACAAUGAGGCAGCCAAGUACAGAUACCGGUCGGGGAGCACUGGCGUCAACUGUGGAGGACUAGUCAUCCGCAUGCCAUCAGGCAGUGUCGGACAUGGCGCACUAUACCACACACAGUCCCCAGAAGCCCUCUUCACCCACACGCCCGGUCUACGCGUCGUAAUACCCCGCUCACCCGUCCAGGCCAAAGGCCUCCUCCUCUCCGCGAUACGCUGUCAAGACCCCGUCAUAUUCAUGGAGCCCAAGAUACUGUACCGCGCUGCUGUCGAGCACGUACCCGUUGACGCGUUCUACCUUCCGCUCGACAAGGCUGAAGUCCUCAAGACUGGCAAGGACGUCACGAUCGUUUCGUACGGCACACCGCUAUACACAUGCUCAGCCGCGAUAGCAGCAGCAGAGAAGGACUUCGGUUGCAGCGUUGAGCUGAUAGAUCUGCGGACGAUAUACCCCUGGGACCGAGAGACGGUUCUAGAAAGCGUGAAGAAGACUGGACGGGCGAUUGUAGUACAUGAGAGUAUGAUGAAUGCUGGUGUUGGUGCUGAGGUCGCUGCUACGAUUCAGGAGAAGGCUUUCCUUCGGUUAGAGGCGCCUGUGAAGAGAGUGACGGGGUGGGCGACACAUACCGGGCUCAUGUUCGAGCAAUUCGUUAUUCCGGAUGUUACUAGGGUUUACGAUGCGAUCAAAAAGACCAUAGACUAUUGA